GGACGCGGCGGGGCAAUGCUGGGCAAGGAUUACAUGCUGGCCAUCAUUCUGGUUAACUGCGACGAUGACUUGUGGGGGGACCAGAGUCUGGAGGGGGAGCCAGGCCUGCCCCCUGGCUGGAGGAAGAUUCGUGAUGCUGCAGGUACUUACUAUUGGCAUGUACCCAGUGGUAGCACCCAGUGGCAGCGCCCAGCCUGGGAACUAGGAGAUGCAGAGGACCCAGGCACGGGCCAGAAGGGGGUUUGGGAACUGCGACCCCCCAAAGGAAGAUCUUUCUCCAGCCUGGAGAGCUCGCUGGACCAGAGUAAUUCUCUGACCUGGUAUGGUGAAGAAUCCUAUAUCCAGAGUCUGGAGCCAGGGACUAAGUGUUUUGCAGUCCGCUCUUUGGGUUGGGUAGAGGUACCUGAAGAAGACCUGGCACCAGGGAAAAGUAGUAUUGCAGUCAAUAACUGUAUCCAGCAGCUGGCCCAGACACGCAACCAGAGCCAGCCCCGAGAUGGUGCUUGGGGUGAGGGCCAGGACAUGCUGAUGAUUCUAAAGAAAGAUGCCAUGAGUCUGGUGAAUCCCCUGGACCACAGUCUGAUCCACUGUCAGCCUCUGGUGCACAUCCGUGUAUGGGGCGUGGGCAGCUCCAAGGGCCGUGACAGGGACUUUGCUUUUGUGGCGGGUGACAAAGACAGCUGUAUGCUCAAGUGUCACGUAUUUCACUGUGAUGUUCCUGCCAAGGCCAUUGCAAGUGCUCUACAUGGGCUUUGUGCCCAGAUCUUGUCAGAACGAGUUGGGACCAGUGGUGAUGGUGCUUGCUGCUCCCCAGACCCCAUCUCCCCUGAAGACCUUCCUCGACAAGCGGAGCUGUUGGAUGCGGUGAGCCAGGCUGCUCAGAAGUAUGAGGCAUUGUACAUGGGGAUCCUGCCAGUCACCAAAGCCAUGGGCAUGGAUGUGCUGAACGAGGCCAUUGGUACCCUCACCGCUCGGGGGGACCAGAACACCUGGGUUCCUGCCAUGCUCAGUGUAUCUGACUCUGUCAUGACUGCACAUCCUAUUCAGGCAGAAGCCAGUGCAGAAGAGGAGCCACUGUGGCAGUGCCCUGUGCGCCUUGUGACUUUUAUUGGUGUUGGCCGUGACCCACACACAUUUGGCCUCAUUGCUGACCUUGGCCGUCAGAGCUUCCAAUGUGCAGCCUUCUGGUGCCAGCCCCAUGCUGGGGGACUCUCUGAAGCUGUGCAGGCUGCCUGUAUGGUUCAGUACCAGAAGUGUCUUGUGGCCUCUGCAGCUCGAGGCAAGGCUUGGGGUGCCCAGGCCCGUGCCCGCCUUCGACUCAAGCGGACCAGCUCCAUGGACUCCCCAGGAGGUCCCCUGCCUCUCCCCCUACUCAAAGGAGGGGUUGGGGGUGCAGGGGCAGCCCCUCGAAAGCGGGGUGUCUUCUCUUUUCUUGAUGCCUUUAGGCUGAAACCCUCUCUCCUUCAUAUGCCCUAAAGUGAUGUUAGCGGGCUGGUGAAGUAAGCUCUGAAUCCAUGUCCAAUUCUAUACCUCUCCAUUCCCCAGGGGCCUCAGCCUCUCACCUAUCUUCCUGCUCCUGCUCCUCAUCCACUCAUUAUUUAUUUCCCAAUUUAUUAUUUAUAUCAAUGACUGAGAGGACCUACACUACCACUUAGGCCCCUGGAUGCCCUUUCCUUUCCUUGGGUCCUUGUGUUCCUUGCCCCAUCCAGCCCUGGGCAGUUGGCUCUACCUCAGCAACACUUGAUAGCAAAUCAGUGCAAAUAAAAAUCCCUCAGUGACCUCA